AUGAAGAACACAAUAAGAAUGUGGUUUAGGGGUAGAUUAAUUCUCCUCCUGACAUUAGCAUCAAAGUCGACCUGGGGCCCGAGCCCAAGAUCCACAUCUCUCCACAGAUACCUACGACAUACGGGCAUAAUUGAUUCUCAAACAUUCUCAGAUCCAUCAGUAAUUAUGGUUGGCGCACUUGGUGUUACAUUCUUCAUAAAGUCACUGUCUUUUACUAACUGUCCGAUCACUCCCAUUCUGUUUCUCUCAGAUCUUGCUCUAAAUCUCGUCUCUUUUUCAUGCACACGCUCUCUCAAAAGCCUCACCGGCGUUUGGCUCUCACGCUUUGAUAAUCUCACUGAUCUCACUAUUAAGUCUGUAACUAUUUCAUAUGCUAAUGUCACUGGCUAUAUACCUAAACAUUUGAAUACUACGCUCACCCAUGUUGAUUUUUCCGGUAAUAAACUUAAGGGAAGACUGCCCAGUUCAAUUUCAGUUCUUGAAAAUCUUGAAAGUCUCAAUCUUUCAUCUAAUGCUCUCACUGGUGAAAUCCCCACUACUUUGGGCAUUGGUUCUGAAUUUUACACUUGUAUUCUCAAUGGUUCAGAUAUGAAAAUAACAUCUCAAAUCACAAAGGCCACCAAAUUGCAUCACAGAAUAAACUCUCCACCUUGA